AUGCACCUGGGGCAGCUGGAGGGGGCAUCGGUGUCCAAGUCUGGCGCACAUCUGGGCCUGCCCGAAGCGCAGGACUUGGGCGGCAUCAGCGAAGUGAAGCUAGUCAUUGGCAGCAGUCAUGAUGCGAACUUCAAGUGUGUCAAAACACCAAUUCGUUUGGACUGUCCUCGUACUGCCAGUCAGGCACACAGCUAUGGCAAGCACCCUGACCAGUUCCACAUCUACACAAACUCGCACGGUGAAGUCUGCGCCGAAAGAACGGACCAUAGAGACCCUUGGGGGAGCAACUUGGUCGUGAACUGCAAAAAGAUGGGUGUGGAACACGCAAAAGACAUGGCCAUGCCCGAGUUUCAGGCCUCGCAGCUCUUUCCUGGACUGGUGGCGAUUCCGAUUGGCAGCAGCCUUUCCUCUAGCAGGAAGUGCGUGCGCGAUCCUGGCCAUGUCACCUGUGACAACCAAGCAUCCGUGAAAGGGCGACAUGACAAGUAUCCAGAUAAGUUUGAGAUCUCCCACGAGAAGGGCAAGAUCUGCGCGACCCGCGUUGAUUAUGACAAGCCCUGGGGCCUGGAUCUGGUUUUGCACUGCCUGCCUGCGAAGGGGAAGAUAGCGGACAUCGUGAGCGAUCACGAUUUCGUAUACGAGGUCCACGACUUGCACGGCGGGAGCAAGUCCGUGGAAGAGGCCUUGAAGGCGCUUGCGGGCGGCGUUGGCGCUGGAGGCGCUGGAGGUAGUGUCGGCAGGAUGCAGAUCGAGAUCGGAAGCAGCCCCGACUCUUCCACGAAAUGCGUCCCAAGUCCCGGCGGCGUGACAUGCGAUGACGAAGCAUCCCAACUCGGCCGGGACGGGAAGUGGCCAGACAC